ACUUCUGAGUGCCAAGCUGCCAAUUUCCAAACCCGUGCUCCGUUUGGGAUCAAAAGAGAACUCAAAUUUCAGGAAAAGAAAACAGCAAAUCAGCAAUGGCUCCGUCGAAGGGUGUGGUUGUUACAGUUCCAGUUCUAGCACUAUCAGUUGCAGCAACAGCCAUUCUCCUCUUCUUCCUCAUUCCUUUCCUCUCCUCCUGCCCCGCCGCUCCUUCCACGAUCUCCGCCACUCCCUCCACCACUCCCUCCACCACCACCACCACAAUCACUUCCACCGCUGACAGCCGUCAAGCCUUCGACCGAUCUAACUAUCAAAUCUCUGCAACAAAAGAAGACAUUGCUUGGGUGAAAGAUCAGAUCCAACAGAACAAACUUGCAAUGCAACCAAAUGUUCUCCGCAAGGGCAUCAACCCUCGCACUCGUGCCCAACAGCUCCAAGAUUUAAUUCAAUACAAGGGCAUAUCCCACUAUGAGGGAGAGGAAGCUAACAACCACACUACCCUGCCUUGCCCCGGGGAAUUGCUCGUAGAGGAACACCACAGCAACUAUGGGGAACCCUGGGCUGGAGGUCGCGAUGUGUUUGAGUUCCUCGCAGAGUCCAUUAAGCUCAGGCUUGAUGCCCGGGUGCUUGAGAUUGGAUGUGGCACUCUUCGUGUUGGAUUGCAUUUUAUUCGAUACCUGAUUCCGGAGCAUUACCAUUGUCUAGAAAGGGAUGAGCUUUCUUUGAUGUCUGCAUACAGGUACGAGCUUCCAUCUCAGGGUUUAUUGCAUAAGCGUCCUUUAAUUGUGAGAGGCGAGGACAUGGAUUUCAGUAGGUUUGGAUCUGGUAUUCAGUAUGAUCUUAUAUAUGCUAGUGCUGUUUUUCUUCAUAUGCCCGACAAGCUGGUUUGGGUAGGACUAGAGAGGUUAGCUACCAGGUUGAAACCUUUUGAUGGACGGAUUUUUGUCUCUCAUAAUAUAAAAUUCUGUUCACGGUUGGGUGGAGAGGAAUGUACAAAGCGGUUAACAAGUCUAGGACUCGAGUAUAUGGGUAAACACUUCCAUGAUAGUCUGCUCUUCAACCAUUAUGAGAUUUGGUUUGAGUUCAGGCGGUCCAGGGCUUAGGGUUAUCUCAGAUUGUUCCUCAUGGGUUCAGAGGAUUGUGAUUUGUUUGAGAGGAAGGCAGCUGAAAGCAGCUUCAGUAUUCUUGUUCUUGCAUCAUGACAUUCUUGGAAGCUGAACUUUGAAUUCUUGGUUGACAUUUUUAUAUGAAGCAAGAGGUCUGAAUAUUUGGAUGUGAUGGAUAAUUCAGCCAGAAGUUUGAACCAUGUUGUUCUGGGAUUUUUCAUCUAUAACUUCGGUUUUAGGUGCUUACUAUGGCAUUGAUAGGUGAAGGAUCUUUGGCAUUUGUUGACUGUCACAUGUGGGGACUACUUGUUACAAUCAGAAGCAUUGGUUGUGGUAUUUCAAUCUUUUUUAUUGAUGAAUACUACAAUGAAACCACUUUAAGAGAUGUGCAAAUAAUAGAGAAGUAGCCCCACAAACUUGGAGGAAUGUGAAUUGAUCUGUUGUAAUUAUCUUUUAAUUAACUUUGUUGUUGGCACAUCAGAAUAGGUGAACAAUUUGACUUCUCAAUUCAUAUAUUCACUUGAAGUAGUUUAGAAAUA